AUGCAGCGUUCUCCAUUUGUUUUCGUUGUCACUUUGUUUAUGACCAUUGUUUUGGGCGUCUCUCAAAAUGUAACUUGUGUACCAGGAACGGGUGGGUCAAAAGUUGCGAGGACCAUAGUUGUUGAUCCAUCCGGAAGAGGGAAUUUCAAAACAAUUCAAGGUGCCAUUGACUCCAUUCCAACAAAUAACAACAAUUGGAUCAAAGUUCAAGUCAAUGCAGGCAUCUACAUAGAGCAAGUGAACAUUCCGAUCGAGAAACCAUGUAUUUUUCUCGAAGGAAACGGUCGCGGCCGAACCACAGUUACUGACAACGCCCACCAAGACAGUGCUGAUUGCGCUACAUUUACCUCAACGCCAAGCAAUAUUGUAGUCAGGGGGGUAACCUUCGAGAAUUCAUUUAACCGUCGGUUGAUACAAAAUACCUAUAAUGGAAUCAAAUCACCUGGUGUUCUACCAGCACGUUCAGCACGAAUUUAUGGCGAUAAGUCUGCUUUUUAUGAUUGUGCUUUUUUGGGUGUUCAAGAUACAUUAUGGGAUGUCAGUGGCCGCCAUCACUUCUCUAAUUGCUAUAUUGAAGGAUCGGUAGAUUUUAUAUAUGGUGCUGGCCAAUCUUUUUAUGAGGGUUGUUCAAUAAAUGUUACCAGUGAAGGUUUUAUAACAGCUCAAGGCAAGGAGUUUCCUGAUGAUACCAAUGGUUUUGUAUUUUCUCGUUGCUAUGUUACUGGAGUUAAGGGUGUUAAAGCUUACCUUGGAAGGGCUUACAGAGGAUAUUCAACAGUAAUAUAUCACAACGUAUAUUUAUCUAACAUUGUACGGCCUGAAGGUUGGUUUGCUUGGAAUUAUGUGGGGCAUGAGGGUAAUAUAACCUAUGUGGAGGCUGAUUGUAAAGGGCCAGGAGCAAACACUUUGAAUCGUGUGAAAUGGGAAAAGAAUUUUACAAUACAACAACUCAGUCGAUUCUCAAAGUCAUCAUUCAUUGAUCAAGAUGGCUGGCUUGCCAAACUGCCUCUUUGA